AUGGAUGGCGUCAAUCAGACGACAGUCAUGGAAUUCCUCCUCCUGGGACUCACUGGGCAGUCAGACCAGGAAGAGGUUCUCUUUGGGCUGUUCUUGGGGAUGUUCAUGGUCACCAUCCUUGGGAACCUCAUCAUCAUCCUGGCCAUUGGCUGUGACGCUCAUCUCCACUCACCCAUGUACUUCUUCUUGGCCAACCUCUCAACUGUUGACAUUAGCGCCUCAUCAGUCAUAGUCCCCAAGAUGCUGGUGAAUCAUGUCAUGGGAAGUAAGUCCAUCUCUUACACAGAGUGUAUGGUCCAGAUCUAUUUCUUCAUCACCUUCAGCAACAUGGAUGGCUUCCUCCUGAGCGUGAUGGCCUAUGACCGCUAUGUUGCCAUUUGUCACCCUCUCCACUACACCAUGAUCAUGAGGCCCAGACUCUGUGUCCUUCUGGUGUCCAUAUCCUGGGUCAUUACCAACCUGCAUGCUCUCUUGCACACUGUCCUCAUGGUUCGACUCACCUUUUGUUCCCAGAAUGCUGUGCGCCACUUCUUCUGUGACCCCUACCCCAUCCUGAAGCUCUCUUGUUCUGACACCUUUAUCAAUGACUUGAUGGUCUUCACUGUGGGUGGGGUGAUAUUUCUGACACCAUUCACAUGUAUUGUUGUUUCCUACAUUUACAUCUUCUCUAAUGUUCUGAAGUUACAAUCUUCCCGGGGUAUGAAGAAAGCCUUGUCCACAUGUGGGUCUCACCUCACUGUGGUCUCCCUCUUCUAUGGGGCCAUCCUGGGCAUCUAUAUGCACCCGUCAUCCACCUACUCAGUACAGGACACGGUGGCCACUGUCAUCUUCACAGUGGUGACACCCAUGCUCAAUCCCUUCAUCUACAGCCUGAGGAAUCGAGACAUUAAAGGAGCCCUGAGGAAGAUAAUUCUCAGAUUCACCUCUAUGGACCUCUUCCCCCAAAGACACAAUGACAGCUAA